CAGUUGUCUACCCCGAGGCUGAUGACUGUAAUGGAAAGAUUAAAAGGAGUGGUCACAUCACCCACCCUGUGCCAAAAUACUAGCUGUUCCGUCACAGCUACCACCUCGCUGUUUAUUCCAAUCACCUCCAGUUUAUGUUCUACCAGUGACGUUAAAUAGAUUAUAGAGGAUUCACUUAUUUAAAGACUGGAGCUAAAUCUCUGCAGGUUAUUUUUAGAUUGUCCAAGGAUAACAACAAAAGCGACAGCUUGAUUCACUAGAGGCAUCUAAUUGAAGUAAGUCACUUUUGCCAUGUGGGACAGUGCAGUGUAGCAGAGCAGCUGGUCUGUUAGACACUCAAUAGGUCAGCUGAGUGUUGUCAGUACUCACCCCAUUCACUUUCAUCUGUUGUACCAAGACCUGCUGCACCAAGAAGCUCCCUGCACAGCUCCAUCAUGUCUCUACGGCUUCUGCCUGCUAUCACUAUGGACAAUGACGAGGACGAUGAUAGUAACUUCACAAAAUGGAUGAGCAGUUACUGGGGUCACGGACCAGACGCUGUACAUUCCAGAGAAAGAAAACACAGUUUCAGAAGGCCUUCAAAAACACAAGUUGAUAGACGAGCAUCACUCCCGACUGCGUCACAGUUAGAUGUCAUGAAGUUAAACAGGUUUCAUGCGGCUACAAUGGCGCCCACUCCCAGCCACGUCAAAUCAAGAGAGGAUAAGGGGGAAACCAGGGUCCACCAGAAGCCUCGCCGUGCCUCUGCAGAUGACAACAUCCGCGCUAAGACUGCGAUCGCAGAGAAUCGCAUCACCACCAUCCCAGAGCUCACAGAGACACUUGAGAAGAGGCUCUGUCUAAAUGAUAAGAAGACCACGUCUCUGAAGAAGGACGAUACGUUGUGCCUGAUCUGUCAUGAGGACAUGCGUAAGAAUGGGAGGGGAGUGCCACAUUGUACACACCGCUUUCAUAAAGAGGCAGCUCGGAGGUUAGAGCAGUGUCGGCCCCGAAGCAGCAGUGAAGCAGCUGUUUUACAGGGGAGGAAGCUCUAUGAGGAGAGGAGGAGGUCUGCAGAUGGACAGAUUUCCACGGAGAAGGAGCAGCACACACUCCAUCGUCAACAUUCCCUGAGGAGACAUCGCUGAUAUUGUUUUCAAGAAGGGGAAAAUGCAUGAUUUGCAGCGAAAACAUCAGGAUUUCUCCUGAACUUUUACUAUGAUGUGACACUGAAAAAUCAGGGCCUCAAAUCCCCUCUGGGCCAGAGUUUUAGGUCACUUUUGGAAUAAUUGCAACUUCUUCUCUUCAGUGUGCAAACACAGAGUUAAAAAUGUUUGAAAAGGGUUAGAGUUAGAAAAAAAAAUUGGAAAAAAAAGCAGUUUUCUGCUUUAAAACCUCAGCAUGACAAACUGUACUGCACCAUGACUAUGUAAACAGGGGAGUUGCUAAAGUGUUGGCUUGGGGCCUGAAAUUUAUUAGGUCCACCUGGUGCCCCAGCUUAAUCUUUAUUAUAUAAAUGCAAACAUGAGUGAAAAUAACAGGGGGAUGUAAGGUGUCCAGUUACAUUUUUGCUGUAAAAACACUGUGCUACUCCUCAAUACAUUAUUGUAAAUAUAACUAUAUAAUGUUAUAUAAUAUGAUAAUACACACUAAAAGCUCUUCUGCUCAGUUAUGGAUGUAUGACUCCCCCAUGACAUGCCUCACAGUGGUUUGAUCCACUGCUUGUUGUUUCCUGACUCUAGUGCUGCAUUCUGCAAAUUUUGGCAUUGAUUCAAUACUAACUAAAUACAGGGCCAGUAUUACCGAUACCAUUUAACCAAUGAAAGCAGCUUAUGUAUUGAAGAUGAGAUGAAGUAUCAUCAAUAUGCAAAGUCUGAACACACUUUAAUGAAAUCACUGUGAUUUUUCCUUUCACCAAAACAAUUCAGCUGUGUGCCUGUUUCUAAAGCACUUUGGAUCGGUUUAUGUUGGAUCAGUUUAUGUUGUUCAAAUAAAUAAAGUAGGCAUGACGGCCAGCACAAAAAGUUUCAGGGAUUUUUCACUAUUGUUUUUCACACAUUUCACUAUUGGUUAGAAACAAAGUAUCAAUCCUAUUGCUCUAGUAUCGAUUCAACACUAGUACCAGCAUUGGUAUCCAUGGAUACAAGUCUGGUCAAAGUUAAAAUCACCAUAACUCAGUGGAUUUUUUUCUGAUUUCAUUUGGUGUUUUCUGCUUUUCUGUGCUCUACACCACCCUUACUGGUUCUUGGGUCCCUCUGUGCCAAAACCAUAUAAAAUUUCCUGGAAACGCCUCUGUAUGUAACGGUCAUUGUAUUCAGUUAUUAGACUCACAGCACGUUAUUGGAUGAGAAGAUACCUCUAUGGUUAUACUAAUUAAAUGGUUUUAAAUAUCACUUUAGAAUAAAUAUACUUUAUAAUCAAUAGAGAAUAUUUACAGUUUAUCAAAGCAUUUCAUCAGAACUACAGUGAGUCACUUUACAUACUGUUGAAUCUGUUGACAAUCAGAACUUGUAAACAUGUUAACAUUUUGUCAAAGUGAAUAUAAUAAAAGUAAAAAAUAAAAAAAAAAA